AUAUCUCCUCCCUUCCGCUGGCGCUGAAACUCGAGAGAGAAGUGACAGGUAGGAAGACCGUUGUGUAGCUACGAGACCAGACAGACAGACUCACAUAGACACAAAUGUCAAACUCAUGAAAGAAAAUGGUUCAUAGAAAAGUCGACAGCUGGUGAGAGAGACCGUUAUAAAAGUUUUGAUGGGAAGUUGCCAGAGAAAUGCAUAUUUUGAUAAUACACUUUACAACUUCGAUGUGGAUAAUUUCAUAUUUAAGAUCACAAUGAGUGGACAGCAAACUUUUUUAAACUUAAAAUUGUCACAACAAAAAUGAAUUUAUAGCCCAUAUAAAAUACGUGGGGCAGUGUCAGAAUGAUUUGUCAACGGAAGGCGCUUGUCAUUGGAGGAUGCUCACUAAAUUAGAUCAGAAUACAUGACAGAAGGAAGUUGUGGAUGUGUUCAACGGGUCGAGACAUAAUACUCCCUUGAUCACAGACACUUUCUAUCCCUCUUCAAAUGAAAUAGCCUACAAUCUCAGUUCAUCAUGCAUAGAAGGAGGAUGCUUCGGGCACUCCCUGUUUUUAUAUUAAUGUUCUUCAUCGUUUUAAUCGUGGACUUUCAACUAAGGACGCGGAAUCUCCACAAACUCAAUUCUAUUCACAAUCCGUUCGGGGGAGACUUACUGCGCUCGAUUCAAGAGACGCCUCUCUCCGCGGCAAAGGAGCCACCAAAGCCGGCCAAGUUUCCUCGACAACCCGCUGCUGUCUCUACUAUGAACCAGACUGUUGGUGGCUUACAAGCGGAGAUACAGAGAAGGAGAGACAAGUUGAGGGCUUUGGAACAGAGAAGGGUUGUCAUCACUCCAUCCCUGUUGAGGUUAACGGACAUCUUCCUCGCGGUGAAGAGCACCGGGAGGUUCCACGGCACGCGCCUCUCUCUCCUCCUCGAGACGUGGAUCUCCAAGACCAAGGAGCACACUUUCAUCUUUACAGACACGGAGGAUGAAGACGUCACCUCCAGAGGUUACAAUGUGAUUGUGACAGAUUGUCCGUCGGACCACAGUCACCAGGCUCUGUCCUGUAAGAUGUCUGCUGAAUAUGACCACUUCAUGGCCUCCGAUAAGAAGUGGCUGUGUCAUGUUGACGAUGAUAACUACGUGAAUCCUGGAGCUCUUCUCUCCCUGCUCUCAGCCUUCCCCCAAGACGGUGAUGUCUACGUGGGCAAGCCCAGCCUCGACCACCCCAUCAAGGCCCAUGAACUACUGGAGAGCAACAAGACAAAAGAAGUGCAGUUCUGGUUUGCCACGGGAGGAGCAGGCUUCUGUCUGAGUCGCAGACUAGCUGAGAAGAUGGCUCCAUGGGCUAGUGGUCCCAGGUUUGAGCAGACGUCAGCAGUGAUCCGUCUGCCAGAUGACUGUACAGUAGGCUUCAUCGUAGAGAGAAGACUGGGGAUAUCCAUGGUCCACAGUUCAAUGUUCCACUCUCACCUGGAGAACCUGCUACUGCUGACGCCCAGCAAUAUACCUCUACAGGUGACUCUUAGUUAUGGGCUGUUUGAGAACAAGAUGAACAGUGUGGAGCUGAAUAGACUCUUCUCCAAGGAGGAUGAUCCCUCCAGGUUUAAGACGGUCCACUGUCUACUCUAUCCACUGACCAGCUGGUGCCCUUGAAGACUCCAACUCCCAGCAGCACCUGUGCCUCCUGAGACUUUCCCAAAUGGUGUCAGCACUUCCUGGAUUCUCUCUUUUCUCCUGAAGUGUACACUCGUUUACUACUUCCAACAAAUCUAUAAGUGAUGGGUUGGUCGAGGUAUGGGCUAGUGGGGGUUUCACCCUUGCGUCUUACCCCGGUCAUUAACCUUGAAAUCAGUGUACAAACUUUGGGAGCAAGGAGAGAUAAUUGGGACACAGCCCUGGUUUUACAUGGAAAUAACAGGGACGACAAGCAUUAGUCUGGUGCAGAAUGCAGCCUGCACUUCCUGUAGGCUAUCGACUUAUUCUAGGAGUUCUAGGAGCCCUCCAGAUCCCUUACCAAGACUAGGAGCCCUCCAGAGCCCUUAACAAGACUAGGAGCCCUCCAGAGCCCUUACCAAGACUAGGAGCCCUCCAGAUCCCUUAACAAGACUAGGAGCCCUCCAGAGCCCUUAACAAGACUAGGAGCCCUCCAGAGCCCUUAACAAGACUAGGAGCCCUCCAGAGCCCUUAACAAGACUAGGAGCCCUCCAGAGCCCUUACCAAGACAGAACUUGCAUCAUUUAUUUGCAGGUGUGUAUAUUUGUUGAACAGAGACCAAAAUAAUUAUGAAUAUACUUUUUUUUAUAGAUUUGCAAAACUUCUUAUGAUGACCUCUGGUGAAACUCACUGCUGUAAAAUAUCUGCCGUUUUUUUAAUCUGUUCUGUUAUGAAAACUGUUUUGAAAUUGUUGGAAAGGCGUGUUUUUAUUUAAUUUUAACACCUUGUUUAACUUUAAAAGUGUAUUCACGUCCCAGUCUGGGCUGUCUGUACAUAGUUCCUGAUUUCUGCAAAGCCUGAAAGAAUCAACAUGGUUUAUACAGCCUUGAAGGAGA